AUUGGGAGAGAAAACUGCCGGCGCGUGCGCCGCGGCCUGUCCUCUGUCCAAAUCGGUCUGUUGAGCCCAAGUGAGCAGUAACCAGCAUGUCAGGGUGGGAGUCUUAUUACAAAAACGAGGGCGAUGAAGAAGAAGAAGAAGAAGAGGAGGGCCUUGAAGCAGAUGGAGAAUAUAAAUAUUCAGGAAGAGAUAGUUUGAUUUUUUUGGUUGAUGCUUCUAAGGCCAUGUUUGAAUCUCAAGAUGAAGAUGAAUUGACUCCUUUUGACAUGAGCAUCCAGUGUGUCCGGAAUGUGUACACCAAUAAGAUCAUAAGCAGUGAUCAAGAUCUCUUGGCAGUAGUGUUCUAUGGUACCAAGAAGGACAAAAAUUCAGUGAAUUUCAAAAAUAUUUAUGUCUUACAGGAGUUGGAUAAUCCAGGUGCUAAACGAGUACAGGAGCUUGACCAGUUUAAGGGGCAGCAGGGGAAAAAAAAAUUCCAAGACCUGAUUGGCUAUGGGUAUGACUACUCACUAAGUGAAGUGCUGUGGGUCUGUGCCAACCUCUUUAGCAAUGUCCAGUUCAAGAUGAGCCAUAAGAGGAUCAUGCUGUUCACCAAUGAAGAUGACCCGCACAGCAAUGACAGUGCCAAAGCCAGCCGGGCCAGGACCAAAGCGGGGGAUCUCCGUGACACAGGUAUCUUCCUUGACUUGAUGCACCUGAGGAAACCUGGGGGCUUUGACAUAUCUUUGUUCUACAGAGAUAUCAUCAGCAUAGCAGAGGAUGAGGACCUAGGGGUUCACUUUGAGGAAUCGAGCAAGCUAGAAGACCUGCUGAGGAAGGUUCGCGCCAAGGAGACCAAGAAGCGCGUGCUCUGCAGGUUGAAGUUUAAGCUCAACAAAGAUAUAGCACUCACUGUUGGCAUUUAUAAUAUGGUCCAGAAGGCUCACAAACCUCCUCCAAUGAAGCUUUAUCGGGAAACAAAUGAACCGGUGAAAACCAAGACCCGGACAUUUAAUGUAAAUACAGGCAGUUUGCUUCUGCCCAGUGACACCAAGAGGUCUCAGACCUAUGGGAGUCGUCAGAUUGUACUAGAGAAAGAGGAAACAGAAGAGCUAGGACGAUUUGAUGAACGAGGUUUAAUUCUCAUCGGUUUCAAGCCCUUGAUAAUGCUGAAGAAGCACCAUUACCUGAGGCCUUCCCUGUUCGUGUAUCCCGAGGAGUCCCUGAUAAAUGGGAGCUCAACCCUGUUCGUUGCUCUACUCACCAAGUGUCUGGAGAAGGAGGUCAUGGCAGUGUGCAGAUACACCCCCCGCCAGAACAUCCCCCCUUAUUUUGUGGCCUUGAUACCACAGGAAGAGGAGCUGGAUGACCAGAAAAUUCAGGUUACUCCCCCAGGCUUCCACCUUGUCUUCUUGCCCUAUGCCGAUGAUAUACGGAAAGUGCCAUUUACUGAAAAAGUCGUGGCAAACCCAGAGCAGGUAGACAAGAUGAAGGCCAUUGUUCAGAAGCUCCGCUUCAAAUACAGAAGUGACAGCUUUGAGAACCCAGUGUUGCAGCAGCACUUCAGAAACCUGGAGGCUUUGGCUUUGGAUUUGAUGGAGCCUGAACAAGCAGUCGAUCUGACAUUGCCCAAGGUGGAAGUGAUGGAUGAAAGACUGGGCUUCCUGGUGGAUGAGUUCAAGGAACUUGUCUACCCCCCAGAUUACAACCCGGAGGGAAGAGUCCCUGUGGGAAAACAAGAUUCUGGAAACAAAAGGCCCAAGGUGGAGUUAUCUGAAGAGGAGCUGAAGGCCCACGUCAGCAAGGGCACGCUGGGUAAGUUCACUGUGCCCAUGUUGAAGGAAGCCUGCAGGGUGUAUGGGCUGAAGAGUGGGAUGAAGAAGCAGGAGCUGCUGGACACGCUCACCAAGCACUUCCAGAAGGACUGACCAGAGACCAUACAGCCAGCCACCCUCCCACACUGUAGCUAGGCUGCCUGGUUUUCUUCUCGUCAAGUUAAAAAAUGUUUCUCCUGAGCCAGGAAGAGUCCGCCUGACAAAAGCCUAGGACUUUACAUUUCUGAGACUCUCUGUUGCCAUGGAGACAGUGUAGCCCUCCCACUUUGCUGUGCCUUAUUACUCUGCUGUCGGAAUAAAGAGCCCUAACUUUG